AGUUUCUCCUUUCGACUGUCAAUUGAAUGUCUAUAUUGGACGACAACUUGGAUUGAUACAAGACACAUGAGUUUUUCCGACCUAAAUAAUGGUUUGCUGUUACUCUUGAACACGCUCUAACAAAAAUAGUUGCUAAAUUAGGAAUGCAAUGCUCCUUUUCAACAGCAGAAGCUAGUUCACCCUAAAAAAAAUUUUUAGUUGGUUGAAUAUACUUUCUUUCCGCUUGACACCCAAGCAACUUGCUGUUGGUGGCUAACUAGGUAGCGCGUGUUUUUUAUUUUUAUAAAGCAGUUUUACAGCUUCUUAUGCUAGCUAACUGACCUAGCCAUCUAGCUAACGUUAAAGACAUGGGAUUACACCCGUUGGAGUUCAGCGAAUGCUACCUGGACAGCCCCGUUUUCAGGGAGAAAAUAAAGUCACACGAGGCAGAGUUGGACAAAACCAACAGAUUCAUCAAGGAACUCUACAAGGAUGGAAAGAAUCUCAUCAAUGCCACAAAACAGCUUGUGUUGGCCCAGCGCAAGUUUGCCCAGUCCCUGGGAGAAUUCCAGUUUGAGUACAUCGGCGAUGCGAAGACUGACGAUGAGAGGUGUAUUGAUGAAUCCUUGCAGGAGUUCUCCAACUUCCUUAAGAACCUGGAAGACCAAAGAGAGCUGAUGAUGAAGAAUAUUACAGAAACGCUAAUGAAACCACUGGAGAAGUUCAGAAAAGAGCAACUGGGCUCAGCCAAGGCAGAAAGGAAGAGGUAUGAGAAGGAAACUGAGAAGUACUAUAGCUCCUUGGAAAAGCUUUUGAACAUGUCAGCAAAGAAGAAGGAACUGCAGCUACAGGAGGCAGACAGCCAGGUGGAGACCAUUAGACAGCACUUCCAGGAGGAGUCUCUGGACUACGUGUGUAAACUGCAGGAGAUUCAGGAGAGGAAGAAGUUUGACUGUGUGGAGCCAAUGCUGGCGUUCUUUCAGACAGUGUUCACCUUCUACCACCAGGGAUUUGAGCUGGCCAAUGACUUUAACCACUACAAGAAAGCCUUACAGAUCAAUAUACAAAAUACACGGAGUCGGUUUGAGGGCACGCGGGUGGAGGUGUUUGAGCUGAUGAAGAGGAUAAGGGAGGUUCCCCAGGAGUACAGACAGACCAGCCCCAUCAGCAGCGAAGGAUACCUCUACGUCCAGGAGAAACGGCCCCCUCCUUUUGGUUCCAGUUGGGUGAAGCGUUACUGCACGUUUGUGAAGAAACAGAAAAUCCUACACAUGGUCACCUUUGACCACAGGUCAGGAGGAAAGAUGGGCGAGACAGAGUCGGUCACCCUUAAGUCUUGUGUCCGCAAAACCACAGACAUGCUGGACAGGCGGUUCUGUCUCGAUAUAGAAAUCACAGACCGACCGGGAACGGUCCUCACGGUCCAGUCGCUGUCGGAAGAUGACCACAAGUUCUGGAUUCACGCCAUGGGUGGGAAAGAACCAGCUGGGCAGUACUUGGGUAAAACCUAUUCAAAAGAACGUGGAAUCGAUGCACAGCUAAAUGACUUAGGAUUGUCAUUUGUGAAGAAUGCCAUCAACGCCAUCGAGACGAGAGGUAUCAAUGACCAGGGCCUGUACAGAGUGGUGGGGGUCAGCUCCAAAGUCCAGAAGCUCCUUAGCCUAAUGAUCGAUGAAAAGAGUAACGAUGUGGAUCUGUCUACUUCUGAGGACUGGGAUGUGAAAACAAUCACCAGCACACUAAAGCUGUAUUUGAGGAGUCUUCCUGAGCCACUGAUGACCUAUGGACUCUACAAAGACUUUAUUGCCCCUGCAAAAGGUGGUAGUCCAGAGUCUCGUAGCCAAGCCAUCCACUGCCUGGUCCACAAGCUGCCUGAGAAGAACCGUCUGGUCCUGGGGCUACUGUUGAAACACCUGGCUACUGUGGCGGCCCACAGUAAGUUGAACCUGAUGACGGUGGCCAACCUGGGUGUGGUGUUUGGUCCCACUCUGAUGAGGCCCCAGGAGGAUACUGUGGCUGCCAUCAUGGACCUCAAGUUCCAGAACAUUGUGGUGGAGAUCCUCAUCGAGCAACACGAGAAGAUCUUUGGAGAUGUCCCAGGCCAGUCUUCCCCAGGGCUCUCUGGCCCCACCAGGCAGUCCAAGAAACUGUCUGUUCGACAGAACCGACCCCUUGCCGUCUAUAACCCAAAGAAAGUGGACCUGCAGGCAGUGUCAUCGCCGUCACCUGAUGUCGGUUCCAACUCGGAUGAGAUGUCUCUAGGCAGCAACGAGUCUGUGUCGUCCCAGUCGACUGCCUCGGGGACGCCUCCGGAGAAGGCCAACCAUGGUCGCAUUCUCGCCAGCCUCAGCACAGGAGACAGCCCGGGGGCCUGCAUCGCUGUAGCAGCCUCGCGGCUCAACUCUGGAGCCUUGACCAAAGCCAGUUCUGAUGGGGUCAAGAGCGUGGACGGUGUCACCGGUGGCGGCGGCAAGAGAGCCAUGGCGGUGUACCCGUGCGAGGCCGAGCACGAAUCUGAGUUAUCCUUCCAGGUCGGAGCAAUAUUCAGCGCCGUGGCACCUUCCAGAGAACCUGGCUGGCUGGAAGGAGAGCUGGAGGGGAAGAAAGGCCUCAUCCCUGAAAACUAUGUGGAGAUGCUGUAGACUAGCCUUGUCCCAGAGCUGUUUGUGCUGUAUACCUUUAUAUGGUCAUAGCCAUUACCAAACUGUGGAAGUUUGCUAUACAGCAAAACAUUGAAGUCCUGAUUAACAGAUCUUGGACCAGGCUAGUGGAAGAGGGGUCUCGUCAUCCCUGACAAUCUACGUCUAGAUGCUGUAUGCCAAACACAAGGGUCGCCUGGCCUGCCACCAUCUAUGGCGGUAUCUCGCCCAACUUUCACCUUAUUUAUACAUGGUAUCCAUGAAGUCUAUGUUGAGACACUCCCAUUCUCAAAUUCAUACUUUUUCUUAUGCCUUCAACUCUCGUGUUCCCUGCCCGGUGACUACUAUGCGUUCAUCAACUUUAAUGCAGAAUAAUGAUAUACCCCCCAGCAAUGAUGUACAAUCUAUCUUGGAUAUAGGAAAGAAACAUUUUAAGGUGCCUUACAACACCAAGACAGAGUUGACAUGUAUUUACUGAAUGGGUUUGUUUGGAAAAUGCUAAAGAGUUGUGUUCUGUGAAGAAUGUCUGGAAUACUCUUCAAGAGGUGCUAUGAUAUAUUUAAUUGGCACAUGGAUUGCAUUUUUUGUUUUACCACAAUUAUUAUUAUUUUUUUAAGUAUCCACCGUUGUGACUGAUUGUACACUGACAUGCUGUAGAGGCAGUCAUAUUGGAAUGGUUCUCCUUCGAUCAAACCAUAGAAAUACAAGAACUGUUCUAGUAAUUAUAUUUCUAUGGUUCAGACACUCUUCCUCUGCAUACUUGUUGACCUAGACAUUCAAUGAUGUCCGAACUUAGACUCGUUAUCGGGUCGUUUCCACUUCAAAAAGCACAAGGAGGAGUUCGACACCCACCAUCUCAGAUUGUGCUGAAAUCGUUUCUGUAGUUACAAACCUAAGAUUAGCAUUCCUGAAAUAUUAUUUGGUUGAAAUAUAAUUUGAUCUAAGAAUUUAAGCUAAUUGAUUGCACCCAAAUUGGCCAUUUAAAAUAGGAUUUAAAUAAUCUUCAAUAAAUAUAGUAACAUUUUGACCACAGUUCUUCCCACCAAUGAGUAAGACAUGAGGAAUCCAAUAGCCACCCACAUACUCAUCCCCAAUUGCACCCCAACAACCAGUUUCAGUUCUCUGUCUAACAAGUAGUAUGGAGCUGCGGCCUUGGCGUAUUGCAACUUCAUCCUAUGUAAAGUAUUUCCUGUAAAUCUGGUGCCACCCCCCCCCCCCCCCAUGUUGCUGGUCUCUUGUGUUUGUUAAUUAACAUGGGUCACAAAAUUGGCAUGCAACUUUGGGUAAAAAACCAAUAGCUUUUGCUCAUGAUGAAACUAAAUUGUGGCCAUCCUCAUAAUUCAAGCCAGUCCUCCAUGAUAGCAAUUCCGGUUGUCCUUCUCUUAUGCUUAAUCUGUGUCCAGGAAACAGCCCCUCUGUGGUUUAUUCCCUUUAAGAAAUGUCUGGAUUAGUUUCGCCAUUCCUGGUGAAUAAACAAACCAUUAGGCUACAGCAGUUCUAGUGGGUUCAAUGUUAUGCUCUUCAAUGGGAA